GGCAAGUUUAAUUCUGUCCGGGAUGUUCGAUUAGACGAUCGUAAAGCAAGCACUAAAGAUCUUGUGCAUAACGCUACGAAUGUCGACUCUGGUUCUCGUAGAGUCUUGUACUUUCUGCACUUCGUCCAGUAUAUAAGCUGUUAUUUGAGCAUUCGUCGCUACCUCUUGCAUCCGACAUAUCUGAUUCCUAAACCACGCUCUUUCUACGCAUCAUCUUUUUCCGAACCGAGCAUUAAGAGUGGCUAAAGCAUGUUGACCGGCAAAGGUUCACCGCAGACGACGCUAGAUUCGGAAGAAGCGUCAACCAUCAUACGUGCUAACUCCUUGAUCUUUGCGAGAGCGAGAAGUGUUUCGGCAGCUAAGGGUAGAGUCUUAUAUGCUACGCGAUGGAGAUUGGACCUUGCUCGCGUAAAUUUUGCUCGCAUAUGUACGGAAAGCUCUGGUUAUUGUGUACGAGAGGUGAGGAUUGAGAUAGUGCGGCGUAAGCUGUCCUAUAGCUACGUAGUCCAUAAGUCGAGGACGGCUGUUAAAGAGCUUUUCGAGAUCUUUAUUAAUUUUCGCGGCUACAAUUAUAACUUCCGUCUCGUCUGCGACAGUCCCUCUUUGACGAUGCUAAGGGUCGAUCUUAGAGAUGCGGCCUAUGAACGACUGAAUCUUUUAGAAGAAGACGGCGCCCGGCUAGUACAAGGCCUAGAACAGAGCAUCCGUAAUCUGAUUAGCAUCGUCCGUCGGAUCCCGAUCUCCCGACACACUCUCUAGGCCGGCGGGCGAAGGUUGCGCAAGCAUCUCUAACGCCUUGUCGUCCGACAAGAACAAGCCCUUACCUCUAGCAGACACGGCUCUCCCAUCUAACAGCCUGAUCUACGAGAGGACGCGAAUCUCUAGAGCCCCGAAGCUUGUCUUGUCGGCCUUAUCGAAGACGGUGUAGGCCUCUUUCAGGCUACCGUAAGCUGCUUCGGUGCGUCCUUCUAUGAUGUCAACGUAGCUCAGGAGAAGCAAGUCGCCAGGAGGUGCUCGCGCUU